AUGGACGACAAGCAAAAUGCGAACCCAACAAUCCUAAGCCUGUCGGACCUGCCCUCCCGCCGCAGGGAAUCCAACGUCAAGCGGCGGGAUGACGGCGCCACAGGGCUCUUUGACGACCUGAUACCCCAGUACAGCUAUCUAAACGACCCGUUCGAGCAGCCGCUAUCAUCCAGCGACUCUGAUGAUGGCUCGGUUGAGGACAUCGAUGAGCAAGAGGUCUACGACCUGAUCUCGUCCAUAUCUGACCCCGAACACCCUCUCUCACUUGGCUCCCUCGCUGUUGUGAACCUGCCUGAUAUUCACAUCCAACCCCCGAGCUCCCCCCACUCGUCUAUCAGCACCGUCCUUGUGGAAAUUACGCCCACCAUCACGCACUGCUCUUUGGCGACCGUUAUUGGACUAGGAGUACGUGUGCGACUUGAACAGGCUUUGCCACCGCGCUUUAGAGUCGAUGUCCGCAUCAAGAAAGGCACCCACAGCACGGAUGAAGCCGUCAACAAGCAGCUAGGUGACAAGGAAAGGGUAGCAGCUGCGCUAGAGAACGGGACGUUGAUGGGUGUGCUGAGAAAAAUGCUUUCUACUUGCGAGUAA